AUGGUCUUCGCAACUGGAGUCGCUCGACACCGCCUUGAGCAAGGAGCAAUUAUGGAGCUAAUUUUGCUUCGGGGAACUUUUCCUGAGAAAAUUAGGUUAAGGCUUUUAGGAACAUCUCCUGCUGCGCAACUGCUUGCUAAUGAGCCCGGGGAUGCGGUUCGAGGGUCGCGUUUUGAAGCAGUCCCAGAUAACAGAGUUGAACUCAUAUGUAGCUUUAAAAAAGAGUGGGCUGUCAGCUACAUGAACAAUCUUGAGGGUAAGAGGGUUGAACUUUUUGCCAUGGGAAUUGGUCCUUAUGAUUCACAAGCUGAUGAGAAUUUUCAACUGCAGGUGAUCUGA